AUGGCGCCGCUGAAGCGCAAACGACCCCACGAAGACCCGGAUCCUCCGCCCCCCACCUCCUCCACCACCACCACCGCAGCCGCCGCUCCCACUCCGACCGCUGCCGCCGUCGCCGGCGCAGCCGACUCGACGCGUCGCGCAACGCGUCAAACUCCGAUCCUCCCCCCUCCGAUCCCGACCUCGCAGUCCCAGUCCGCCGCCGAGGACAAACGCCGUCGCUCCUCAGCCUCGACGAACCCCAGGCCGCAGCUGCACAAGAUCUCCGAGACACCCAUUCCGAUCCCGGUGCCCCCCUCAUCAACGUCGUCGACGACGCAGUCUGCAGGUCAGAAUCCUCCAGCUGCCGCCGCCCCCGCCGCCGCACCCGAGCCACGCGCGAGCCGACGAAAAAGCGGCACGGCCGCUGAUUCCACCGCCGCGAUGGGCGCCGCCGUCAAGGAGGCCAAGGAGAACGUCCGGCCGGUGACGCUCGUCGCGCCCAAGAUCACGUACCAGGCCUCGCAACCCACGCCGCACCGCACGGGGGGCAGCCUCGUGCGGCCCAGCCCGCCGACGAGCCAGCCGCCGAUAACAUCGCACUUUCGUCCCGUGGCUAGGCAGCCAUACCAACAUGGGAUACCGGCGACGGUGACUCAUGUUCCUGUGCCGGUCCCGCCGACCUCGACGCCGAAGCAGCAGCAGCAGCAGCAACCGCCGCCGCCGCCGCCGCAACAGCAUACGCCGGCCGCUCCGAAACCUACACCCUCGAAACCACAACCGCAGACGCAUACACAAACGCACACGAAACCGCAAACGCAAACAGCGCAGGCACAAACAUCAACGCCCCGGGCGGCGGACAAAUCCGCCCCCCGGACGGACCGCAACAUCGACAAGGUCAUCCUCGGCAACAUCUGCUUCCGCGCGUGGUACCCCUCUUACUACGGCAAAGAAGUCCUCGGCGACGCCUCCGUCAGCGGCAAGUCCGGCGCCGCCACCGCCGGCACCACAUCAGGCAAGAACCCGCCGGCCGCAGCGGGGGACGGCGCGAAGAACCAGCACCGCAAGGGCGCCGACGCGCCGAUCCUCGACCGGCUGUACGUGUGCCCCGUCUGCUUCAAGUACUCCAAGGAGCUCGUCGCGUGGUGGGGCCACGUGCGGAUGUGUGAGCGCGCGGGGGCGGUGCCCGGCCGCAAGGUGUACACGCACCCGCGCGGGCGGCGGCUGGUGCGCAAGGAGAUGCCGCGGCAGGGCGGGAAGAAGGGGAACGUGGCGGCGAGGUUUACGGAGGAGGUCGUGACAGACGAGGGGGAGUGGAGUGUGUGGGAGGUUGAUGGGGAGCAGGAUGUUCUCUUUUGCCAGAACCUGUCGCUAUUCGCAAAGUUGUUCCUCGACAACAAGUCCGUCUUCUUUGACGUGCGCGGCUUCAACUACUUUCUCCUCGUCUACACGCCCCCUCCACCCAAACCCGACCCGGCCGCCACACCCGCCGCCGCCACUGCAGAUCAGCAGCAACAGCAGGCCCCGCGCCCGCACAUUGUCGGCUUCUUCUCCAAGGAGAAAAUGUCAUGGGAUAACAACAACCUGGCCUGCAUCCUCGUCUUCCCGCCGUGGCAGCGCAAGGGGCUCGGCGCGCUGCUGAUGGGCGUCUCGUACGAGAUCUCGCGGCGCGAGGGCGUCCUCGGCGGACCUGAGAAGCCCAUCUCGGAACUCGGCCGGAAGGGGUACAAGCGCUUCUGGGGCGGGGAGAUUGCGCGGUGGCUGCUCGGCUGCGGGACGAACGAGACCAACAACGGAGAAGUGGAGAGGGAGUUACUGGUCGAUGUCGAGGACUGCUGCAAGGCGACGUGGAUUGCGCUGGAUGACUGUCUGGUCACGCUUAGGGAGAUGGGAGUCGUUGUAGAGGGGGGCACCGGGCCGGGGAAGCCGCCUGCGAAGCGGAAGAGGCAGGGGGCGGACGGGGAGGAGGGCGAGGAUGAGGAUGUGGAGAUGGAGGAUGCCGGGGAGGAGGAGGCGGAGAAGCCCGAUGUUCCGAGGGUGAGGGUUGACAAGGAGGCUGUCUGGGCGUGGGUGCAGGCGAAUAAGAUUAGUCUUGAAAAGGUAUGCGAUCCGGAUGGGUUCGUGGAGGGGUAUGCGAUUAAGGAGGUUGAGGAGGAUGACGAUGAGGAGUAA